GUGACGCACCACUACACACAGCUGCUCAGCGGGGGCAAUGAAAUAAACAAAACGUCGUCAUUCGGUGCCAAACACAGCGGGCAGCGCGGGCAGGGUGUCACAGUUCAGACCAUCAUGCCCUUUGCUCUGGCAGUGGGACAGGAAGUGUGUGUGUGAGUGUCCCUGCUUGGCUCUGCUGGGAUGAACAUGCCACUGCACCAAAUCUCUGUCAUCCCCCGUGAUGUCACCUCAUCGCGGGUGUCAGGCAGUGGGAAAGUCAAAGACAAGGACAAGCAGAAUGAAAAGCCUCUGGGUCAUUCUGCAAGCAGGUCCAGCAAUAUAUCGAAGGCGGGGAGUCCAACUUCAGUCAACGCUCCAUGCAGUUUCUCUAGGACGUCAGUUUCCCCCUCCAGCCAGGACAUCUGCAGCAGUCAAGAUCAGGACUGUCAGAAGCAGACUGCAGUGGUUCUGUUGAAUUCAAACGGUAAAACCUGUCAAGGCUCAGGAGGUCUUUCAGUGACCACCCUCUGCACAGACGCCCUGAUACCCUCCAAACACACAAAACAACGAGACUGGCUCUCCCUGCUUCGCCCCUCCUCUGUCAGCCUCCAGCCAGGCAGUUCGCUCAGGUUUUCUGUUUCUCUAAAUGAUGUGGGCCAACGCGUGGACAGUCUUUGUCGCGGUCUGCACUUUAUAGACCGCACUUGCUCCGAGGGAGAGCUGGAGCUUAAGCCUGAGGCCGUUCAGCCACCCGGCUCGGAUCGAAGGGCGCACACACUCAACGGCAACCUGGCUCCCACACAAACCCCUGCCCUCUCAACACACACCCAGCCCCACCUCGUCCCCUCCUUCACCAACAACUACAAAUACAUGUUGGGCAUCCCUCCUGCUAAUUCUCCUCCAUCUAACCCAGCCAUCACUGCCCCACCUCCUCCUUCCAGCACCCACCACCUUCACGCUCACCACUCCCCAAGCGCCAACUUCCUCCGUCUCCUCCUCCCCUUCUCUCGAUCCUCUACCUCGGCCAGCCUGCAGUGCUCCGAGCUGGGCAGCUAUGCCUCUCACCUCCACAUCAAGUCCUCUAGCGCCCUGCUAGAAGGCAGCGAGUCAGGGUUUCCUGCUGAGGAUCUACUGGGAGAUGACGAUGUGUUUGAGGAGGACCAGCCCAGUCCAGCUCCAAAGGGAACCGAUCAGCCAGCUGCCCCAGAAACAGCUGCCGUGGCUGGAACAGGAGCUCUUCUAGCCCCCCUGUGCUAUAUGGAUGAAGACAGCGACUUGGACUGCUGCCCGUCCCCUUUGUCAGAGAAAACUGGGCCACUGUCACCCUAUUCAUUCUCUGGAGACUGGUGCAGGAUUUGUCACUGUGAAGGGGAUGACGAGAGCCCUCUGAUCACACCAUGCCACUGCACAGGGAGCCUGCGCUUUGUCCACCAGGCCUGUCUACAGCAGUGGAUCAAGAGCUCCGACACUCGCUGCUGUGAGCUCUGUAAAUACGAGUUCAUCAUGGAAACCAAGCUCAAACCGCUGCGCAAGUGGGAGAAGCUACAGAUGACAGCAAGCGAGAGAAGGAAGAUCAUGUGUUCGGUCACCUUCCAUGUCAUUGCCAUCACCUGCGUGGUGUGGUCGCUUUAUGUCCUCAUCGACAGAACAGCGGAGGAAAUCAGACAAGCCGGAAAAAUCCCAGGGAUCCUGGAAUGGCCUUUCUGGACCAAGUUGGUGGUGGUGGCCAUCGGCUUUACAGGCGGACUGGUGUUCAUGUACGUCCAGUGCAAAGUCUACAUCCAUCUAUGGAGGAGGCUCAAGGCAUACAACCGGGUCAUAUACGUCCAGAACCGGCCAGACACGUGUAAAAAGCUGGCGCUGGAGAAGCCGCCCCUCUUGGAGCCCAGCCUGGAGAACAAGGAGGCUCUGGCGCCCACCCAGUCGGACACAAACUCCUCUCAGUACACAGAGACAGAGGACUACAGUAUGGAGGUGCUCCAUGUCUGACCACUCGGUCCAUGCCAUUGGUUAUUCUACUCAUACACACACAAACAGGCCCACAGUGGUGAAGAGCAGCCGUCCUGGAAAAGCUCGGUGACUGAGAAAUGACUAGAGGCUUUCCUUCCUUUCUCAGACUGACAUCUGCUCAUCUUAUGUUCCUAAAACUCCACAGAGACAGACGGACCAUGACUAUCUUCUUCUCUCCAUAAUUCUCCUAUCAGACCUCCCUCCACCUGUACCCUUCAAUCCCCUUUUCCCAGGACCGGACUGUUUUCACUGACUUCUGUAAAUGUCUGAAGAGGCCCAGAGCAUACCAGUCUACACACACACACACACACACACACACACACACACACACACACACACACUUGUAUGUACACCUCUGGGAGAGCAGGACUGAGACACAUAGACUCACAAAUGGCUCCAGAGGUCUACACGUCUCCGAUGCGUGGUUUCUUUGCUUGUGGGUUUGUUAGAUUUGUUCAUUUUUACCUCCUGUGAGUCUCGGGCUAACCUGCCGUGGAUCAGUAUGUAGCGCCGUGCAUUGGAUCUCUGGAACAUUCCAGCUACUGCCAUCUCUGUUGGUCUGUCAGCUCCGAGCUGGCCUGAAUCCGACCAGGCCUUGAUCUGGACAUGCAUCAAAGCACUUUUGUUUUUUAGUUCCCACAACAAAACCCCUCCCUUCCUUGUUGCCCUGUUUGUUUCUUUAAUAUGAAUUACUGUAUAUGUUGUACAUGGGGGAGAGCACAUUUGAACUCCUGUUUUAUUUGACAUUUCCUAAUACACACAUAUACAUAUAUGUUAACCCUCCCAUGGAUGACAAAAAAGGAAUCGGGAGUUAAAAAUUGUGCUGUGUUUUAGUCGAAAUAGACAAAAUGAGUUUUGAAUACAAUGCCAGGCUCAAAGCUCCAAUGCAGAUAAUGGAAAAUCCAGCCACAUUACUUCUCUACCCCAACAUGAACUUUCUGAAGGCUUUGAGAAUGUAAACUUUUUAAAAAAUAUAAUGAAAAAUAAAUAAAAUAUAUAAAAAGAAAAACAUUUUCUACUGGGUCACAGGAAAUUUGGUGAUAAUUUCCGUGUCUUGACAGCAUUACGAGAGCCUUUGGGCAUAAACAGCGUCGUUUUUCUAUCAUGCGAAUGACACAGUAUUUACAGUGUGAUAUUCCAUGUGCAGUUUUUAAUGUGUUGAUUUGUUUGCUUAGUCACAGGAUGUGCCCUGAGAAAUCCACAGCUGCCUAGUUUCAGUCUGCCUGUCCAUCGCUCCCUCUGUGCAGCCAGUGCAUUGAUUCACCCUGAAUAGAUAGUUUUUAUUUAAAAGCAGGCAGGCUGUAACUGUGUGUAUUUCAAUUUGACUGCAAAAUAAGCUUUCCACCCCUUCAGUGAUCACUUCUUCAUGGAGCAUAAGAUCUGAUGUUUGAAUGUGACGUAUUGGAUAAUUACCAAGCAUUUCAGACGAGCAGGAGUCUCAGUUUCAGCGAAAGUGUCUUGUUUCUUCUCCCCAGAGUCUUAUCACAUGGUGGAGUGUCUAUUUUAGAAUUUAAUCACAAGACAGCCAGCAUGCUGCCUCCCAUUUGAUUGAGUGUUUUCUCUAUCUAGCCUUAUGUGGCUGAAAUGAAAUGGGUUAUACCAACAACUCUUUUUUUUCAUCUCUGUAAGAAAGCACCGCUUAAACACUGCAUUAUGUAGCAGUCAGGACUGUUUUUAGAGGUUGUCUUAUUCAUCAUCAAUGGUAGUUUAUUUUGCAUUAAAAGCAACGCAAUACAUCCAUACAUUUGUUGCAGUGACAGGUAUACAGCCUGGCCCGCCUCUCAUUGAUGAGCUGACUGGAGCGCCACCUGCUGAUGGUGCAGUCUGGCAUAGGCAGCAGCUGAUUUCUCAGGGCGAUGUGUUUUGGGCUUACAGUCAUUGUAAGUGCUUUUGUGUAUGUGGGAGCACAGCGAUGCCGGGCUCAUGUUGAGCCUCACAGCCAUUCCAGCGACACACACAUUUUUAAAAACAUGUCUUUGAUACCAGUAAACUGUCUGUGAACAAAUGAUGGUCCAGCAACAUAGUAUGUGACAAUUACUGCUCAGCAGCAGCAGCAAUAAAUGAAAUCAGCGCUUUGUUUUUUGCAACAAUUCAUACUGCACUUGUGUAUAUGCCCCACGGUGACUUGAGAUCUGGAGUCUAAUAUAAUUUUAAUACAUAAUAUGAGCCGAGGGAGUUGUUGUGUCAAGUUGGAUUACAACCUAGUAAACGAGAAGCUUCUCUGAAACUUUGAUACCCACAAGGCUCAGUGCAAUUAGACAGAUAAAAAGUGCAAUUACCCUUUUGUUGUUAUUCUAUUCUAUAGUUAUGUAAUGGUGUUUAAUGUCCAGGGUGUCCUCUGGGUAUAAAAUGAUGAUUUAUUCAUUUUGUGUUGUAUUUAUUUUUAAAAGAAAACAGAAUACAAUUUGUUCAUUUGAAAAAAAAAAAAAAAACUUUCAUUAGUAAUUUUAUGCAACUUACACUUCUUUAUUUUUUCCCAGACUUACAUACCAGAACUUCAACUUUCACUCUUCGUUUUGCACUUUAGAUAUUAGAGUUGUUAAAAGUUUGGUUGCACAACCUCAUGUGAAGCUCUUCUGUCUCCCUUCUGUCUCCCUUUUUCAAUUACUUCAUGAGGUUUAAUU